AUGCUAAAUCGGUUCAGAAGAAGCACUUUGUAUAGAUUUGGCUCGAUUACUAGGACGUUUUCACCCAAGCAAAUGUCAACCAUGGUCAACAAGGCUUACUUGGCCGAUCACAAGGCCCCGUUAAUCAUGCUGAGCGCCAAGGACUUUUUUGCGCAGUUGAGUGAUCAGGAAAAGCUCUAUGCGCAUUACAUGUCUAAGGCGUCUCACGCAGGCUCCAGAAUUGUAUUGAGGCAAGUCUCUCAUGAAAGUGAAAGCAUCUACGACUUAAUCAUGGCUAUUCAUGAAAAAAUCAAAGGCAGGUACCCAGAAGGUGAGCAAUACGAGCUUUACAAGGAAUACGUAGCCCAGUUUUUGUCGAAUUUGGGCAAUUACAAAUCGUUUGGUGACCUAAAGUUUAUUCCACGAUGCACUACGGACUUCUUCCUCGACUUGUUGAACCAAGCAGGGAUUGAGAAAUCCUCGAAGCCGAGUACUGCUUCUUGUCUUUACUCUACUUGGGAGGAGGUUGUGCUCAAAGGUAUAUAUUACGUUGAUGACAAAAGCGCUCUGCUCGGUUUCCCUUCAGAGGGUCACCAAUCUUCUUAUUACUUCGGUGACGUCUCCCCGGAAGACAUGACACUGCUCAAGGACGAGGUUUUCAGCAAGUUGAAAAUCUUGCCCGAGAAUACGAGAAUCCAAAAAGUGAACAAUAACAAGUUCGUGAUCUUGGUCGCAUCAGAAAACACCGAGAACGAUCUUUCUGAAUACCCUAAGGAUCCAAUCAAAUUGAGCAAUGGCGCCAGCGCUUUCUUCAAGUUCGGAGAUCACACUCGUGAAAUGCACAAUAUUGUUCAAAAUCUUCAGAAGGCUCGCAGGUACGCUGCGAACGAGUCUCAAAAGAAAAUGUUUGAUCAGUACAUAAAGCAUUUUCAAACUGGCUCGUCGCACGCUCACAAGGAUUCUCAAAAGUUUUGGGUGAAAGAUCUAUCACCAGUUAUAGAAACCAACAUCGGCUUCAUCGAGACUUACCGAGAACCUUCAGGCAUAAUUGGGGAGUUCGAGUCUCUGGUGGCCAUCAAAAACAAGAAGCGCACGGAGAAAUUUGCGACAAUGGUCAAGAGUGCCGGCAAAUUUAUUUCAUUGUUACCAUGGGACAACGCGUUUGAAAAGCCUAAAUUCCAGCCUCCUGACUUCACGUCACUAGAAGUUUUGACAUUUGCAGGUAGUGGAAUUCCUGCAGGGAUCAAUAUCCCAAAUUACGACGAUGUGCGGCUAAACAUUGGCUUCAAAAACGUUUCGUUGGGGAAUAUUUUAAGCUCUUCGUUGGGCUCCAAAACGCCUAUUACCUUUGUGACUCAAGAAGACCGCAAGAUCUUGGAAAAGUUUCAAACUGAUUCUUUUGAGGUUCAAGUAGGGAUUCACGAGUUGUUGGGCCAUGGCUCCGGUAAAUUAUUGAGCGAGCUGGAGGACGGUACCUUCAAUUUUGACAGAGAACAUCCUCCUUUGGGACUCGACGGUAAACCCGUUACGACAUAUUACAAAAAGGGUGAAACAUGGGGCUCAAAGUUUGGACAAUUGGCUGGUGCGUUUGAGGAAUGUCGUGCUGAGGUUAUCGCUAUGUACUUGAUCACCAACACCGAGCUUUUGGAUAUUUUCGGUUUUAAGACUCAGGAAGACCAGGAUAACAUUAUUUACGCUGGCUUUUUACAAAUGGCGAGAGCUGGUUUGUUAGCACUUGAGUUUUGGGAUCCAUCUACUAAAAAAUGGGGUCAGCCACAUAUGCAAGCUCGAUUCUCGAUAAUGAAGACGUUUUUGAAGCAUACUAGCAAUGAGGGCUUUUUCCAGCUCUCGUCGACGAAAAGCGAUUUUUCCGAUCUGCAGAUCAAGUUGGAUCGCUCGAUGAUAAGGACGGUGGGUCACGCAGCUAUCAAAGAUUACUUGACUCAUCUACAUAUUUACAAGUCGUCUGGCGAUGUCGAAAGAGGGAGCAAGUAUUUCGUCGAGAGAAGUACUGUCGACCCAGAUCUAGCUCAGUUUAGACCUAUCGUGCUUGAAAAGAAACUUCCUAGAAGACAAUUCAUUCAAGCUAACACCUUGUUGAAAGAUGGACAAAUCACCUUGAAUGAAUACGAUAAUACACCGGAUGGAAUUCUCGAAUCGUUUGUUCAAAGGGAAGUGUAG